AUGCUAACAGAUCAUGGUAUACUUGGGGUGGGUGAGGAUUCUGCUCCUGCUCCUGUUUCUUGGACCACUCUCUGGGCACAGUCUGAAACUCCUCUGAAUACUCCUCGACGAGUUCGAAUUGCUGCACAGAGUGCAGAACGUGACAAUCGCACAUUGGAUAGCCCCCAGCAUCGUCGUGCUCCUCAUGGUGUGCACUCCCCAGAGCAUGUUGCUCUUAUUGAUUUGAGAAUACCUCAGCAUGCCCCAGAUCCUGCUCCUGGAAAUGAUCCUUUUUUAGCUGCUCCUGCUCCUGCUCCUGCUUCUGCUCCUGCUCCUGCUCCUGCUCCUGCUCUUGCUCCUGCUCCUGCUCCUGCUCAACAACUUGCUGCUAUUCCACCUGUUUCUGCUCUGAAUAAUUUAGAAUUACCUCUGCAUGCCCCACACCCUGCUCCUGCUCCUGUUGUAUACAAUGGACAGCAAUAUAAUCAUCUACCAGCUGCUCUAGCUCAGCAGCUUGCUGCACUUCCACCUAUUCCUGUUCAGAUAGGUCGAGGUCAAGGCCAUGGCCGUGGUCAUGGACAUCAGGUUCAUCCACAUCCUAAUGUAGUCCAUCCACCACCAGCUCAGCACAAUGCACCUGCACCUGCUGCCAUGUAUCCCAAUCUACCUGCACAUCUUCAAGUUGCUUACCAGGCUCUGGCCCCUCCUCAUCCUAAUUUGUUUCACAAUUUACCUGCAUACCAGGGAAAGGAAGAGCAUGUUGAUUCAGAUCCUCCUCCUGAAGAACCCCCUCUACCUGCUCCUGCUCCUGGAAUGACUUUACCUCAACCUGUUCCUCCACCCCCAGUCCCAUUUGCACCAAAUCCUCUUCCUAUGCCACCACCUGCAGCAGUUGCUCAAAUUCCUGAAGCAUGA